AUAUUUUAGGCCAAUAUUAUACAUUAAUAAAAUAUUGUACGCGUAUUGUGUGUCGCGAAGGUGAAACGCGGUCCGUGUGAUCGGCACACCUGUCGGCGGCAGUGGCCGACCGUUUCACGCAUCACCGCAGACACGGCCGAUGCGCGCCUCGAACAUAGGGCCGUUGUGUCGCCACCCGAUUUUGCACGGUUUUUGAGGCGUAGAAAAUCCCGUCCCAUCCCUGCACGGACGGCACGACCAGCCGGCACCCACUCGUCCCAGCGCUAAGUCCCCCGGCCAUACACGACGUUUUUUUUUUUCUGGACGCGCACCGUUGUGCACCGCGGUCCACCGGCCGAAUAUCGCUUACGCCUAAUCAAUUCUGUGCCAGCCCACCGUACCGCCCCGCCCCAUCAGAGCCACGACCUUAGAGACUGAUACCACAAGAGAGAUGCUUGGAAACUGCGAUUGACGAUCGUAUAGAUCACGGUCGGCGGUGGAUCCAGCGACGAGUCAUCCGGUCGUUCGAACCGAUCCGUUUUCUUUAUUUUUUUUUCUGGUUUAUUGCGUUUCUGCUCGGUCCCUCCGUUUUCCGCCGUUUCGCCGUCCCGUCGUCGACCAUUCAGCAGCGGCAUGAACUCCGCCCCGUCGUAGUGGUCAUGCGUCGCGUCGCCACCAGGUACGCUAUCCCGACGACGUUUCUGCCCAUCGUCUCCCGGCACUGUUGGGGCGCCGGGCGUCAAGACUGGUCUGCAUAGCUGCCCACACGACUGGAUAAUGUUCAAUAUUUAUCCUCAUUAUGACUACCAAGAAUGAAAAUUCGAUAAACUGUAAUAGUUCUCAAAAUGAAGCCAAAGGACGUCAGAAUAGUGAUAGAAAUACUGUAAAGAAAAUUCCAAAAAUGGAUUUAAAUAAGUCUGAUUUAUUAAAGCUUUUAAGCUAUUUAGAGGGUGAACUCCAAGCAAGAGAUAUUGUUAUUGCGACUUUAAAGUGUGAAAAAGUAAAAUGUAUGUUAAGAAACAGAGGCAGUGAUCGUGUUGUUAAAGAUCCAUUGGCAGCUUUACAGCGUGAUUGCUUUGCCACCUUUGAAACAAAUAAUGAUAGUCUUUCAUAUCAACAAUUAGGAUCGCUUGAAAAUCUUGUAUUACAGCAAAGAAGAACUCAUUUGAGGAUAGCUAAUGUCUUAAAAGAUAAUCAAGUUAUGCAUCGAAAGAUAUUAGAUCUGGAGCGAUUAAAAAAACAACAGCUUCAGUAUGAAUACAAAAAGUUGCACAAUACUUUUGAAGAAGAACGAUUAAAACACAAACAAAUUGUAUUUUUUUUACUAGCUGAGAGAAAAAAAAUUGUAAUGAAAUAUAUUGAAGAAAGAAAACGUUCUGAAGAUCUCGGACAAAUAUUAAGUGAAGAAAAAGGUAAAAUUGAUUCAAUGGCUGAAGGGCUGGAAGAAGAAAGUAAAAAGUCAUUACAAAUGGAAGCAGAAUUAGAAAAACAAUUGGCUUUGUUUGAUACCGAAAGCAAAAAGAUGAUGGCAGCUCUAAGCUUGGAAGAAAAAAAAACAAAUACUUUAGAAGCAGAAUUAACAAAAUGCCGAAGUGAAAUUAUUUCAUUAGAAAAAGAACUAAGUGAAGCACUUCAUAAUAAUUUGAUGGAACUUUCCAGUAGAUCUUCAGUUUCAGGUGUAAGAAUUAUGUCUUCUCCUAGUGAUCCAAUAAUGAGUAGUGUUGCAAAAGUGGUUCAACCUACAGCAACUGCAUCUAGUGUUCGAGUUUCUGGUCCAAUGACUGGAAUUGCUCGAUCAGUAAAUCCUGGUCAAAGUUUGCGUUGUUUGAAACCAAUUAGUGGUAAAACUAAUGAUUCACAGGUAGAUAAACCUCAAGACGAUGAAGAUUGUUCUACACCUUUAGACACCAUUAAAAAACACCCUAUUUCAUUUGGUCGUAGUAUGCAAUCGGACUCUGGUUCAACUAGUACUGUCAAAAAAUCAUUGUUUGGUAUUCAACGUAACAUGUCUGUUCCCAAUGCAACCGAAAGCAAUAUUCCUGGAUUAAUUAAGAAACAAAUAACAACUGUGGGACGUGGGACACCACCUCCUGUACCGCCUAAUAAGCCUAUUAUACCACCAAAAAAGGAUUUAAUAUCAUUCAUAAAAAAGACAUCAAUUGCUGACAAUGCUGCUUCUACUGCUGACAAAGAUCAAAAAGACUCUCAACUUAGGCAUAAUAGUUUUUUGCCUAAUGAGAUUGCUCCUGUAGAUAAGCCAGAUGAAAUGGUAAAAAAUUAAACUUCAGGAAUUUUUAACAAUAUCAGCCCAGCGAAAUAAACCUCAUAUAAAAAUCAUAUUUUUAUAUAUGUGUUCGCUUGACAAGACUUUAAUUGUAUUCUCAAAAUAGAUAAGUAGUAAAUUUUAGUAAAUAAUAGUAAGUUUAUACUUGAUCAUAUUUUACUGUUACAUACUUCAUAUUGAAUGUAACAAAUAAUCAUUUGAGAUUGAUUUUA